ACGUAAUGGUACUUUUUAAAUGCAUUUUUUGUUUUCUCCUAAGAAUAUGUACCUAAUAAAUACGUUACAUUUCUACCAUAAUUUGCUGUCUACACAGAGUUCACCUAGGUUCAUUUUUCAAUGAACUCUUGUUUCUGCUACCCUGACAGUAGGACUGAAGAUUACUGAGGUUACAGUCCCUUUAUUUCUUCCCUGAUAUAAACCUGUUCCCCAGCUAUUUGUAACUAUCUCAAAAAGUUACCUUUCAGAUUGACUUCUGUAGAUAUUGCCUAAGGGGAAAUACAUAUUUAAAGUUCAAAUAAUAUCAGCCUUGCUGUUUUCACUUAUGAAAUAACUGGGAAAAAAAAACACUUUUACACCAAAUUGUCAGAAACUACAUAAUAUUAACAGUUUGAAGUAGAAAUCAAGAAUUUGUCAAGGACACAGGAAUUUUUAAAUGACUUAGAGAUCUACAACCCAGAUUACCCCUUUCAUAAAUAAAUAAAUAUGACAUCCACAAGUCCACCUAUAUUAUUUAGGCCCUUUUGAGAAUUCUGUCCCUUGGUACCAGCACAGGCUAGGUAUGAAGAACAACUCAAUGGACACAGCACCUCCUGAGACUAAGAUACAUGGCUUCCUGACAAGCAGUUCAGAAACAUGACCAUGAGGCUGUAGAUGUCUUACAGCUCUGAUGCCUCUACAUGUUUAUAUAUGUUUAAUACAAAGUAAGAUUUUUCACCUUUUUUUUCCCCCACAGGAGUGGGAUCAAGUGAACCCUCAGCAAGUUUGCAGAUGUCACCAACUGAGUGGGUACAGCUGACACGCUAGAAUGAAGGGAUGCUAUCCAGAGGGUCCUGGACAGGCUUGAGGGGUGGGCCCAUGCCAAUCUCCUGAAGUUCAACAAGGCCAAAUAAAAGGUCCUGCACCUCAGUCAGGGCAAUCCUAAGCACUAACACAGGUUGAGCAGAGAAUGGCUUGAGAGCAGCCCUGAGGAGAUGGAUUUUGAGAGUGUUGAUUAAUGAAAGGUGAGCCAGCAACAUGCACUUCCAGCCCAGAAGGCCAAGCGUAUCCUGGAUUGCAUCAAGAGUAGCAUGACUAGCAGGUUGAGGGAGGUGAUUCUGCCCCUCUACUCUGCUCCUGUGAGACCCUACCUGGGGGCCCCAACACAAGAAGGACAUGGAGUUGUUGGAGAAGGUCCAGAGGAAGGCCAUGAAGGUGAUCAGAGGGCUGGAGCACCUUCCCUACAAGGACGAGCUAAGAAAGCCGGGCAUCUUCAGCCUGGAGAAGAGAAUGUUCCAGGGGGACCUUAUAGCAGCCUUCAGGAACACAGCUCCUACAUCUCACAUAUGCAAAUCUACGACUUCAUGGGGAAAAAGGUCUUGCUGACCUAUGAGAACAGAAAAGGAGAGAAGUGCAAGAGGGCACAAUACAAACUACCAAGGUUGAGAAUUCCAGAAACAGGCAAUAAAAGCCUGCAGCACAGCCAGGAACAUCACCUUAAUCUCCUCCUGUAUUAUAUAGCCUGUUGUUACAAUGCAGCAAGAAAUAUUAAGGGCACAGAUGGACAUCACCUUACAAGCAUCUGUAAUGGGUUGCUGCCCCUUGUCACUGCCUCCCAUUCAGAGAAAAUUACCUGUUUUGACAGUCUAAAUUCACACCCGAUGCUUCCAAGGGGAGCAGCAGGAUUAGCUUAAACUUUUUUAAUGGCGGACCUGAGAUAACACAGGUGCUUUGCUUUCAGAUGAUGCAGGAAGUGCUCACAUGACACACUCUACUUUGAGCUUGCCAGAAGCAAUAAUUAAGCAAAAUAAUGGAGACAGGAGUGCAGAGGGCACACCUGCUCCAUUCAGCAGCAAAUACGAGUUGAUUCAUCUCAGUUUAAAUGCUACAACCUUGCCUGAAGAAUUCAGGAGUGAAAACACUGUGCAAGGUGUGAUAGAGAAUGACCACAAGUUCCUCCUUUUGUUACACUCUUGGUUUUCAGUCAGAAAGGGCUGGAGUCUCAGCACAAUAGGACAGAAACUACCAUUCUUUUACUCUGUACUCUGUAUUCUCAGUAUUUCUGCACCAACUAUCAGACAGGCUCAUGUAUGUUUGAUUUUCAUUUCCAUACGUAAACUAUCUCUUCAGUACCCUCUACUGUCUCCUUAAUGCCAUGUCAUUCUUAAAAUACCCCUGACUGCAGAGGGUUAGGGGUAGCAGCAAAUUUUGCCAUUCCACUUCAUUUAAUUGAGCUGCCCCCUGGUUGCCUGUACAAUUGAUGGAGAGGGACAAGAACCUCUGAAACUCAGUAGAGCUCUUCUGAGAUCUGAAGUGCUUUUGGGAAUUGCCUUUCUUUUCCCACUGUACUAGUUUUACUGGGAUAGAGUUAAUUUUCUUUGUAGUAGCUUGAAUGGUACUUCUUGUUUUAGAUUUGUAAUGAAAAUUGUAUUGAUAACAUAAACCACAGAAUGGUUUGGGUUGGAAGAGACCUUAAAGAUUCCCACAGAGUCAAGGUCUUUUCUAUUUCUCACACUCCUCUGCCAGCAAGAAGGCUGGAGAUGCAUAAAAAGUUGGCAGAGGGCACAAGGGACACAGCCAGGACAGCUGAUCCCAGCAUGCCAUAUAGUGGUAUGUUCAACAAUAAAAGUUACAGAGAAAGAAGGAGUAAGCAGGGACAUUCAGAAUUAUGGCAUUUGCCUUCCCAAGUAGCUGUUAUGCUUUGCUUUCCUCGAAAUAGCUAAACAUUUGCCUACCAAUGGAAAGUAGUGAACAAAUUCCUUAUUCUGCUUUGCCGGUAUGUGCAGCUUUUACUUUACCUUCACAACCCACUGAGUUUUCUCACAUUUAUCUUUUUGAUUCUUUUCGCCAUCUCAUUGGUUGGAGCAAGAGAGCGGGUGUGUAGAGCUUGGCUGGCCACUAUGAAUUUAAACUACAACACCCACUGAUGAUAUAUUCCCAAAAAUGUUUCUGAUAUGUGUCUAAAAAUAGACGGCAUGGUUUUGGACUCAGACGGCCCACACACUUCAGUCGCCAAUGAAUUAAGGGUGAGUUCAAACAGUCCAAAUGCUCUGCCCUGAGAAACUCCUAUUUCUCUUGGAGUUUGGAGCACUGGAUCCAGAGCCAUAACAUAUUUAGUGAGAGCUAGGUAAAACUGUUGUAGAAUCAUCAAAUGCUAAUAGAUUUUUCCAUUACUUCUACAGAUGCAUGGAGCAGAUAAUUCUAGAAAUCCUAAAGAGUGUGGCCAGCAGGUCGACAUAGGUGAUCCUCCCCCUCUACUCUGCCCUGGUGAGGCCACAUUUAGACUACUGUGUCCAAUUCUGGGCUCCUCAGUUCAAAAAAGACAGGGAUCUCCUAGA